GCUCGACACUGUCUUCUCUUAACAGCUGGCAGCAGAAGAGGAGAUGUACACACAAACCGCAGGCUAAACAGACAACACAUUUUUUAAAACACUUCUACCUCUUUGAAGAGACUUUUCAAACCUUUAAGUUUGAGACUGCAGUUUUUUGUUGCCUGUUGCAGCAUUUAUUUUGAAUUUGAGCGACUUUUAGUGCUUUUAAACUAUGGAAUACAACAGGCUGCUCACUUUUUGAAUACCACUUUGGAUUUAACUCCGGGUCAGAGCGUCUUUUAUCAACUUUUUAUUAUAUACUUAACUUUUAAGUGUGUUUUUCUCUUGUGGAGACCAUUUAAAGACAUUUGAAGUCUUAUUUCAGAGCCAGGUUUUAGCUCUCUGCCUCGGUACAUGACUCCAGAGCGACCGUCGUUGGCCAAACCCUCCGUGUUUCGCAACCGUUCCUCAUGCGGAACCCAUACUACUAAUUGGAGACCUCACUCUUCUGCGUGCGCUCCCGUCCGCAGCAGGCAUGAUGCAGCACGAGCGCCUGCUCAAAGUCCUGGUCAUCGGAGACCUCGGAGUCGGUAAGACCUCCAUCAUAAAGCGGUACGUGCACCAGGUCUUCUCCCAGCACUACCGGGCCACCAUCGGGGUCGACUUCGCUCUUAAAGUGCUCAACUGGGACCAGAAGACGGUGGUGCGGCUGCAGCUGUGGGACAUUGCUGGGCAGGAACGCUAUGGCAACAUGACCCGGGUGUACUACCGAGAGGCGGUGGGGGCUCUGGUGGUCUUCGACAUGACCAGGCUGUCCACGUUUCAGGCUGUCCUCAAAUGGAAAGGAGACCUAGACUCGAAGGUCGCUCUUGGCAAUGGGAGGUCGGUCCCAGCUGUUCUGUUAGCCAACAAGUGUGAUCAGCGGCGUCAUGGUUUGUGCCCGAAGCUGCCCAAAAUGGAGAACUUCUCCAGAGAGUACGGAUUCGUCGGCUGGUACGAAACCUCUGCGAAGGACAACACCAACAUCGACGCCGCCAUCACCUGCCUGGUGAGGAACAUCAUGUCCGUGGAGGAGGAGAGAGAGUCGAGAGAAGCCUCCGCUGCCGGCGCCGGCAGAAAUGAGCCUGAAGGCAACGUCCUUGUUCUGCCUCGAUUCGAGUACAACACCAGAGAGAAGGGACUCAACGGAUGUUCAGGGUGUUCGUCACAUAAAUCCAGAGAGGGAGACAAUGCCUGAAAGUAAACAGAUGGAUGGAUCGGUCUGAACUGAGAGACUGUGACUGGACAGAGCAGAGCGAGGAGGAAAGUCCCUUUAAUGUGUGGUUAUUUUGGUGUGACUUAAAUCCCACCUCGGUCCAAAUGUGUGUUUUUGUAGAUGUAACCGGAUGAUACAAAAAAUGUAUCCGAAUCCAGAGUUUGGUGUUUUUUUUCCCCCCUUUUAAAGCUUUUUCUAAGACCUGCAUUCUUAACAUCGUGUUUUUAAACUCCAGAAAUGUUUUAGAAACUAGAAGACAAACGUUUUUUCUGCAGCACAGCAGAUAAAAUAAGAUGGAUAAAUAUCCUUGGAAUACCAUUAACUUCAGUGUAUAAGACGCAAUUUUAGAAACUUCAAUUUGUGACCAGUAGAGGGAGUUUGCACGAAUGCUGGGGAAUCAAUCACAAGCAGAGGGUCUGUUUGUACCUCACAACUAUCAACGCUACCAUCGACUGUGCUUAACUAUCGCACACGUAGCUAGCAGGUCGGCAAUACAGGUAUUAUUUGAAAGAGCUGCACGGCUGCAUAGGAACUCCAGAUUGCUGAAUGCAGUAGAAGUCUCGACCACAGACUGUAUAAAUAAUGGACGUAGUAUCCAUGACAUCACGCAUCUGUUUCUGAGCGCUGUUUUGAAGCUGAUUGUCGGCGGGAGCCAUAUUGGAAAUGCUGAACUCAACCAAACUUCUGCCAAGUUAGUGUGAAGUAAAGAGGCGGGGUUUGAGCCUCCUAGCCAAUAGCUCUGCCGGUCAAUCAAGUCAGUCAUGUCCUUAUUUGGGCAAACACUCCUAAUCUUAAUAUCUUGUGAACCGUCGUGUUACAAAAAAAUUCUCCCCCUUACAGUGUGUGCCGAUAGAGGAAUUAGUGACGUAGACCGAUGCCGUUUUUUGAACCAGGCUGUAAACAUGUUUAUUUAUGAUGCAAAGAUCGUCUUUUUUGAAUUGGUGUCUAUGUGGUUUCCGGUGUUUCUGCAGCCAGCCUCAUGUGGAUCCUUGAUUAAUUGCAGUUUAUAACACUUCUGCAUGGGCUUCAUAUUUUGAGACCGGAGGUUGCCUCUUAGUCUCGACACAGGAACACAGUUUUUUCCCUCUGAAAGUCUCCCAAAAAAAAGAUGGCGUCAUUUUCAUGGUUUCCAGUUUUUAAAUAGUAAACAAAGGAUUUAAAGAAUACUUUAAAAAAAAAAACUGCAGUGCAAGCCGCACUUUGAACCUGUGACACAGCUCUGCUCUGUAUCUUGUCAACAUCUUUUGAAUGUCUUGUUUUGUGGUUUAAUGCUUUUGUAAUAAAAAUUCCACAACA